AUGUCACCCGCAGCCCCAAAAUACAUCCUCGUAACAGGCGCCACAGGCUUCAUCGGCGCCCAUGUAGUCGACAACCUAUUAGCACGCGGCCUGACCGUGCGUGCAGCAACACGCUCUAAGCAAAAGGGCGAACAAAUGAAAGCCGCAAGACCACAACACGCCUCCCGACUUGAAUUCGUCGAGAUACAAGAUUUCUCGCAAAUCGGAGUAUUCGACGAUAUCAUGGAGGGUAUAGACGGCGUCAUCCACGUCGCGAGUCCAUUCACAUACGACACCAAAAACAACGAACAAGAACUCAUCAUCCCAGCCAUGAACGGGGUGAAAUCUAUCCUCUCCGCCUCAGCGAAACAAGCCAGUGUGAAGCGCGUUGUUCUUACCUCCUCGUUUGCAUCCGUGGUUGAUAUCUCGAGAAAGUAUGAGGGCGAUUUUACCUACACUGGCUCACACUGGAAUCCCUUAACCUACGAAGAAGCGAUUGAUCCCGCCACAGACGCGGUAGUAGCAUACCGAGGAUCGAAGAAAUUCGCCGAACUAGAAGCCUGGAAGUUCAUCGAGCGUGAAAAGCCCUCCUUUGAUCUCGUUACGCUUUGUCCGCCUAUGACCUUCGGUCCUGUUGUGCAUCCAGUAAAUGGUGUAGCGGGGUUGAACGAGUCGAAUGCGGUGCUCUGGAGUGUUGCUUCCGGGGCGGAUCCGUUGCCUACUGCGAGGGUUUCGGCGUGGAUUGAUGUGAGGGAUUUGGCGGAGGCGCAUGUGCAGGCUUUGCUGAGGAGUGAGGUUGGUGGGAAGCGGUUUGUUCCUGCUUCUGGGGAGCCAUUUUCGUAUGAGUUGGCGGCGGAUAUUAUCAAGGGGAGGUUUGAGUGGGCGAGGGAGACGGUUACGGGGAAUUAUAAGAGUGGGAAGAAGCCUGUUCAAGCUUACAAGCUGGAUGGGGAUGCUGUGACAAGGGAGUUGGGUGUGGAGUUUAGGAGCUUUAAGGAGACGGUGGUGGAUUUGGUAGGCCAGGUUAAGGAGACUUUUGCUUGA